AAGUCGGUGCUAAUCAGAGCUAUUUGCGUUUGCUUCAGCUAGUGGCCUAGACGAAGAUGAGACUGGAGACCCCGGAGAACAAUGGAGACACGGUCUAAGCGAAACAGACGUGACGAAGCACCCGACGCCGCACAACAGUCAACAAAAGAGCCUCAGCAAGGGCGGGGUGGCAAGGCUCCGCGGGGUGCCGGCAACAAGGGUCCUGGCCACGCUGCAGCUGCACAGAAGGACAAGCAGAUCGCCGGCGUAUCUACGAGUCCACCAGCUGAGUUGCCUGCGCAGGCACAGGCGGGGCGUGUAACGCGCAGCGGGCGAGGGGCAUCUGGCUCGCAACCGCCUCAGCAGCCUGUGAAGGGCCGUCGGACGAGGACAAAAGCUCAAGAAGCUCCAGCAGCAGAAGUACAGUCGAAGGCGAAAGCCGAGGCCACUGCCGAGGCCACUGAGCAGCAAGGAGUUCCGGGGUCGGGCGCAGCGGCUGCCGAGCAGCAGAAGCCUAACCCCAGUGGACGGGGGGCAUCGGCGCAACCAGACCAGGGACGGGGCAUGGCAAAUCGUCAGGGGAGGAGCGCCAUGGACGAGGACAAGGAGCUGGCCGAUAUGUUUGCGCGCGGAGGAGCGGGCAGUGCACUGCAGGGGCUGUUGAGGAAGCUGGGCGCAGGGUUUGAGGACGUCAUGCCCAUGGGCAUGUCCGGCAGCCGCCUCAAGGCGAUUAUGACGGGGUUGCGGCAGAUGGACGACGAGGUGGCGCAGCUAUCUGCGCUGUCGGAGCUCAACGAGCUGCUGUCCAUAUCCACGGAGGACAACCUGGCCACGUUCCCCAUCGAGAGCAUGGUGCCGCUGCUGAUCCAGCUGCUGAAUGCGGAGCACAACCCCGACAUCAUGCUCAUGGCCGCCCGGGCGCUGACGUUCCUGGCGGACGUGCUGCCGCAGUCGUGCAGCGCCAUUGUGCGGCACGGCGCCGUGCCUGCCUUCUGCGCGCGCCUGCUCACCAUUGAGUACAUCGACCUGGCGGAGCAGUCACUGCAGGCUCUGGAAAAGCUGUCGCACGAGCACUCGCCCUCGCUACUGCAGAACGGCGGGCUGUUGGCAGUACUUUCCUACCUGGAUUUCUUCCCCACCGGCGUGCAGCGCACCGCCACAGCCACCGCGGCCAACAUUUGCCGCUCGCUGACGCAGAUGCCCUCUGCCGCCUCCAGCAGCACGGCGCAGGCGGCGGUGAAGGAGGCCAUCCCCAUCCUCACUGGUCUACUGCACUACUCAGACGCCAAGGUGGUGGACAACGCCUGCGUGUCGCUGUCCUACAUCGCGGAGGCCAGUGCGGGCCAGCCGGCGCUGCUGGAGGCGCUGACCUCGGGCGGGCUGGUGGGGCAGGCACUGCAGCUGAUCGGCCUAAGCGACACGGGCGCCAUGACCAGCCAGCUGAGCCUGUCCACCUACUACGGCCUGUUAAAGCUGCUGUCAACCGCCGCCGCCAGCAGCGCUGGGGUCGCAACCACCCUGCUGGGCGCGGGCGUGCUGGCCACCACCCGCACGCUGCUGGCCACCUCGCCGCUGCUCAUGGCGGGGCCGGGUGGCGCGGGCGCCUCCUCGCUGCUGCGAACGCCCGACCAGCUGUACGACGUGAUGGGGCUGCUGCACGAGGUGCUGCCGCCCGUGCCCGAUUCGCAGUCGCUGGUGGCGGCGGGCGCGGCGGUGGAGCUGCCGGGGCAGGGCGCCGCCGCGGGUGGCAGCCGCAGCGGCAGUGCCGCUAGCCGGGGCUCGGAGCUGCAGUCGUAUCUGGGCGCACACCCGCCGCUGACGGCCCAGCUGUGCGGCGACAUACUGCCGCUGGUUCUCAACAGCUACAGCGCCACGGUGAUGCCUGAGGUGCGGGCGCGGGCGCUGCGUGUGCUGCUGCAGGUGCUGACCGCCUGCCCGGCGGCCCAGCUCCGCGAGUCGCUGCGGGACCUGCCGCUGGCUAGCUUCCUGGCUUCGCUGCUGGCGGGCCGCGACACGCCCACCUGCGCGGCGGCGCUGCACUGCAGCGAGGUGCUGAUGGCGCAGCUGCCGGACGUGUUCAAGCACGUGUUCCUCAAGGAGGGCGUGGCGCACGCCAUUGAGCAGCUGGCAGCGCCCGCGGCAGCUGGGGCGUCAGGCGCGGGUUCGCCUGCGCCGCCGCCACCGCUGGCUGCACCGCCCAACGCCCGCCGCGCGCCUUCGCCUACCGCAGAGGACGGCCGUCGUGUAACGCGCUCUGCCAGCGCGCGUGGUGAGGACAAGGGCGCAGCCGGCGCAGCCAGCCCGGGCGCACCGUCGGCCGCCACCGGUGCAGCGGCGGCGACUGCGGUUGCCGCCGCCACGCGCGCUAUUCCUGGCAGCCCCGGCGGCCUCACGCUGCGGGCGUCGCUGGCGGCGCGGGCGUUGCGCUUCCAAAAGGCCCACUAUGACGCCGGCUGCGGCGCGCCUCAGACUGAGGGCCUGCUGCAGGUGCGGGCGCUGCUGCAGCGGCUGCCGGCGGCGCCCACCAGCACCCUGACUGACCUGCUGGCGAUCAUGGGGGCCAGCAGCGGAAGCACAGCCAGCGCCGGGCUGUCGCCUGCCGCGGGUGGCGCGCCCCCCGGCGGUGUGUCAGUGUUUGAGCUGCUCAAUAGCGGCGCGGUCAAGUCACUGUACGACUUCCUCACUGGCGCCGACCUGCCGGCCGCGGCGGCGGGCUCUGCUGACGGCGCUGACGAGCGCGCCAAUGCGGUGCUGCGCCGCAUCGCCGCCCUCACCCGCGCCGGCCUCACGCCCGCCGCCGGCUCGCCCUGCAAUCCGCCGCUGGUGGGCCUGGUGCGCAAGCUGCAGGCGGCGUUGUCCAGCUCGGAAAACUUCCCCGUAUACCACGGCCGCGCCGCGCCGCCACCAGGCUCGGGCAGCUUCCGGAGCGGCGGCAUGUACGGCGGCCGCGGCGGCAGCAUGGGCGGCUCUGGCGGCGCGCUGCAGCCCGGCAGUCUGAGCAGCGGGCUGUCCAUGCUGACUCACCCCUUCAAGCUGCGCCUGUGCCGCCACAGCUCAGAUAACAGCCUGCGCGACUACUCCACCAACAUCGUGCUCAUCGAGCCACUGGCCACCAUGGCCGCCAUUGAGGAGUUCCUGUGGUCGCGCGUGUACCGCGGAGUGGCACCCGGUUCGGCGCCGCCGCCGCCACAGCCGCCGCAGGCACAGGCACAGCAGCCCGCAGCGGAUCAGCGCCAGGCAGCAACGUCAGCUGGCGCAGCGGCCGCUGGCAGCAACGCGCCUGGCGCAGGCGCUGCCGCGGGCGGCGGCACCGCGGCAGGCACCCAGUCGCAUCCCAUCCCGGUCGAUGACGGCGCAGGCAACCGCCGCGUCACGCGAGCACAGGCCGCGCGUGAGCGCGCGGAGGCGGAGGCUGCCACGCGCCGGACCGGUGCGGUGCCGGUUCCAACGCGGGGCAACCGGCGCAGUGGCGGCGGCACGGCGGGUGAGGCGGGUGCGGACCAGCGCAUGGCUGACCCGGGUGAGGAGCUCAAGGAGGCCGGCCGCCUGGGCCGCCGCCGCAGCGGCCGGCGAGAGGUGGGCGGCGGGGCCGGGUCAGGCGCGGGCGCGGGCGACCAGCUGGGCGACAGCAGCGACCCCGACCCCGAGCUGGAGGUGGACGACGGGCACGACAGCGGGGACGGGGAGGGGGAUGCGGACAUGGAUGACGCUGCCGGUGGUGGCGACGCCAUGUUUGAUGAGGAUGAUGAUGACUUCGACGACGAUGCCAUGGAUGGCGACGACGGCGACGUUGAGCUGGGCACCAUGACGGUUCACGACCUGCACGUGGACCAGGACCCGGGCCGGGGGGUGCAGGCACCAGCGGGGGCGGCGGGCUCGUCACAGCAGCCCGCAGCCGCUGGAGCACCGGCAGCCAAGCCGGGUGCGGCUCCCGGUGGCGCAGCGGCAACCACCCGGCCCACCAGCGCAUGGGGCAACCGUGCAGCGGGAGCUGCCGCGGGCGCGCCUGCUAGCGGGUCGGCGGCGGCGGCAGCACCUGACGGCGCCGCUGCACCCGGACCUGCGGGCCAGGCGCAGGGCGGCGCGGCCCGCUCCGCUGCGCAUGAGGCCGCCCCCGCCCGCAUGGUGUUCGUACUGGGCAGCGGCCCCAAUGGCGGCGGCGGUGAGGAGCGGCCGCCGCUGUCCUCCGCCUGCACGGUGUUCCAGGCCAUACAGCAGCUGCAGAACCAGCAACAGCAGGCAGGCGCCGAGGACGGGGACGAGGACGGUGAGGAUGAGGGCGGCGGUGGCGGCCAGCGCCGCGGCCGGCGCCUUUGGGAGGAGAUCCACACCCUCUACUACCGCCCCGCCACGCCGGCGGAUGCGGCAGCAGUGGACGGCGCCACUGGUCAGACGUCCACGGCUCGCGGCGCCGCAGACUCCGGCAGCACGGCAGGCGUCAGUGGGCCGCUGGGCCGCUGGGCCAAUACGCCGCUGCGGGAGCUGCUGUCUCCCCGUGUGCCCUCCGACCUGUCCUGCAGUGCCACCUGCCGCGAGGUGCUGGCGUUGAUGGCGCUACUGGAGGCCGUCAACAGGCUGGGGCCGCGGGCCUGCGCCGAGCUGGACGCGGCAGGGGCGGGCGGCGCGGAGGAGGCGGCAGCGGGUCCGCUGGAGGCCACACGCCACGCCGCGCGGGACGAAUUUGUGUCCGCCAAGCUGUCGUCUAAGCUUGGCCAGCAGCUCAAGGACGUGUUGGCCAUCUGCGGUGGCGGCAUGCCCGCCUGGUGCAACUCGCUGGUGGGCCCCUGCCGCUUCCUGUUUCCGUUUGAGAUCCGCAAGCGCUACUUCUAUUGCACAGCCUUUGGUCUGGGCCGGGCGCUGCAGCACAUGCAGCAGCUGCAUACCGCGGAAGCGGGCGGCGCGCUGGCGGCGGCGGCGGACCGGGACGGGCGUGAGCUGCGUGUGGGUCGGCUGCAGCGCCAGAAGGUUCGCGUGUCUCGCAAGCGCAUCCUGGAGUCCGCCGCUAAGGUGAUGGAGCUAUACGCGCGCAGCCGGGCGGUGCUGGAGCUGGAGUACUUCAACGAGGUGGGCACCGGCCUGGGCCCCACCCUUGAGUUCUACACGCUGCUCAGCCACGAGCUGCAGCGCAAGGACCUGGGCAUGUGGCGCCACGAGGAGCAGGACGACACGCAGAAACAGAAGCAGGACAAGCAACGGGCUGGGUCGGGCGGUGGGGACGGCGGCGCCAAGCCGUCGGCGCCCACCCCUGGUUCGCCUGACCGUAUGGAUGUGGACGGCGGCCCGGCCACGACUGCGGCGGCUCAGGGGCAGGGCGGCAGCACGCCACCGCGUGUGCAGUCGGGAUCCGUGUUGGUGUCGGUGCCGUCGCGACGCGGAGAGGCGGCCAACCACGACGAGUGCGAGUAUGUGAACGCGCCGUGGGGCCUGUUCCCGCGUCCGCUGCCGCCCGCCUCAGUGUCAGGGUCGGGCGGCGCUGGCGCCGCCGCCGCCAAGGUGGUCGAGCACUUCCGUUUGCUGGGCCGCACACUGGCCAAGGCGCUGCAGGACAACCGGCUGCUGGACCUGCCGCUCAGCCACGUGUUCUUUGCGGCGGCCCUGGGCAGCCCACUGGACAUGUGGGACAUCGCCCGCUUCGACCCCGGCCUGGGCGCCACCCUGGCGCGACUGCACGCGGCGCUGGUGGCGCACCGGGCGGCGGGCGGCGCGGUGUCGGGGCCGCUGCUGGUGGACGGCGUGCCGCUGGAGGACCUGUGCAUCACCUUCGUGCUGCCCGGCCAGCCCGACUACCCGCUGCGCCCCGGCGGCGGUGACAUGGUGGUGUCCACUGCCGAGCAGCUGGCCGAGUACAUGGCGGCGGUGACGGACGCCACGCUGGGCAGCGGCGUUGCAGCGCAGAUGGGUGCCUUCAGGGAGGGCUUUAACGAGGUGUUCAGCCUCAGCACGCUGUCCAUCUUUAACGAGGACGAAAUUGAGGUGCUGCUGUGCGGCAGCGGCGAGCGCUGGACACUGCAGGCGCUGAGCGAGGCCAUCAAGUUCGACCACGGCUACACAGCCAACUCGCAGCCGGUCAAGUACCUGCUGGAGAUUAUGUCGGAACUGGACGCCGCCGAUCAGCGCGCCUUCCUGCGCUUCGUCACCGGCUGCCCGCGCCUGCCGCCCGGCGGCCUCACCGCACUGCAGCCAAGGCUGACGGUUGUGCGCAAGCACCCCAGCGGCGGCGACGGCCCCAGCAACGGUCCCACGCCUGUGGGCAGCUUCCAGGAGGCGGGCCUGGGCGGGGCCGGCACCAUGUGCGCGGCGGACGCCGACCUGCCGUCCGUCAUGACGUGUGCCAACUACAUCAAGCUGCCGCCCUACAGCAGCAAGGCCGUCAUGGCGGCGCGCCUCAUGUACGCCAUACGGGAGGGCCAGGGCUCCUUUGACCUGUCGUAGGCGGCAUGGCGGGGCUGCUAACGCUGAAACAGACUGCGCGUAGAGCUUAUGCAUCAGCGCAGUGUGUGCAUGGAGUCGUCAGAAGGUGCCAUGUAGGGCAAAUGGAGAUUGUUUGCACUGAUACAGAUGGGGCAAUUAGAGUCAAACGAUGAUGGUAGCGCAGGUUGCCGGUACGCGGGUGGAUGGCAAUGAAGGCGCCUAGCCGCCACAUACAGGCAGGAUUGUUACGGUAGAACGUAUUGCGCAUGGUUGAAAGAACGCAGGCUGUCUAUGAUAUGCAGGUCGUGCAGCAGUUGCUCGGAAGCGGGGGUCUUCCGUUGCUCGGCUGCGUUGGAUGGGAUGUACGCAGUUGUGUGGUCAAGCUGAUGCCCCGGGCUGCUGCCUAACAGCACAUGUAACUUGGAGCAUACCGUGUGUCGCAUCAGGGGAAGGUGCCACACUACAUUAGCACUGUGCGGCUUUGGUGUGAUGCUUUACGGUACGCUGACAUUAGGGAAAAGCACGGGUGAAAUGGGGUCGGAGAAUAAAACUCUGCUACUGCGUGGUCUGCUACUGCGCGGUCAUAGCCGGCAUGGGACCUGCUCCAUUGUCGACUUGGCCUCUGACAAGCCCUCCCAUAGCCC